AUGAGAGGCAAUCAUUGGUUUUGUGCCACUUGCACUCUGCCCACUAAGGAUGGAGCCCACAACCCAGGAUCAUUGGGGGAACCCUUCCCAUUUAGCAAAACAGGCGCCAGACAAGGAUAUAAAGAAACUGUUUCCCGAGUGGAGCCACUUUCCAGCAUCAUGAAAGGACUGAAAAAGAAGCAGGAUCAGGAUCGCUCCCCAAGGAGAUACGGCCACGACGCAGUGGGAGACAUGGGCCCUCUGUCAAGGGGUGAUCAUCCUCCAGAUAAGCAGCCAGUCGGCCUGAAUCGGCCCCUGGGAGGUGCUCUGUUUGGUCGGACUAGACCAGAUGUUUUCAAAAGCAAUAAAGAAGUCGGUCGUCUGGGCAACAAGGAAUCUAGAAAGGAAACUGGCUGUGCCGAGUCUGGGAAAAAGGAUCACAUGGCCAUCCCAGAAGGGAGUCGGUGUGUUCUGGCAGCUUACUGGCUUCCAGGUGUGAAAGAGGAAGGUGAGCUAAGAGGAGCUCCUGGGCGCCAGAAUCAAAGAAGUGAGAGCACAGACAGUCUUGGGGGCUUUUCUGCCUCUGAAGUCACAGCGAUCCAGUGCAAGAACAUUCCUGACUCUUUCAACAACAGGAACAUCCUGGAGAAUCACUUUGGCAAAAUUGUUAAAAUGCGGCGCAUUGACACCAGGCACAACAAACACCUCGUGGUGGUGUAUUUCUUUGAUCAUGCUUCUGAAGCCCUGGCCAGGAAGAAGGGGAAAAAAGGUUUGCCUGAAGAAACGUCUAUCUUUUGGCACAAGAAGGAAAUAAGUCCCAACAAGAAACCUUUUUCCCUCCAGGAGAAGAAACCAGUGGAGGGUGAGGCUGGCCAGGGCACCAAGGACACAUCCUUUCAGCACUCCCCUCUUGGCAAGCCCAUGGGGACUGCAGUCGGCAGCCUCAUGAAUAAAAGCUCUCCAGUGAAGAAGUCAGGCCUUCUGAAGGCCCACCUGUUUGAAGGAGACUCUUUUGACUCGGGCUCUGAGGGUUCUGAGAGUCCUGGGCUGUGUGUGUCCUCCCUCAGUGCGCUGAUAGGCACUGUGGCCGACACGUCUGAGGAAAAGUACCGCCUGCUUGACCAGAGGGACAGAAUCAUGAGGCAAGCUCGGGUGAAAAGAACCGACCUGGACAAAUCAAGGACUGUUGUUGGGACGUGCCCUGACAUGUGUCCCGAGAAGGAGCGGUACCUGCGGGAGACCUGCAGACAGCUGAGUGUCUUUGAAGUGAUCCCAGGAACUGACCAGGUGGACCAUGUGGCAGCUGUCAAGGAGUACAGACGCUCCUCAGCCGACCAGGAGGAGCCCCUGCCAAAUGAGCUGCGGCCCUCAGCAGUGCUCAGCCGGACCAUGGAUUACCUGGUGACCCAGGUGAUGGACCGGAAGGAGGGCAGCCUGCGGGACUGGUAUGACUUCCUGUGGAACCGCACACGGGCCAUACGGAAGGACAUCACACAGCAGCACCUGUGUGAUCCCAUGACGGUGUCCCUGAUCGAGAAGUGUGCCCGGUUUCAUAUCCACUGUGCUCACUUCAUGUGCGAGGAGCCCAUGUCCUCCUUUGAUGCCAAGAUCAACAAUGAGAACGUGACCAAGUGCCUUCAGAGUCUGAAGGAGAUGUACCAAGACCUGAGGAACAAGGGCGUCUUCUGUGUCGGUGAAGCCGAGUUCCAGGGCUACCAUGUGCUGCUCAAUCUCAACCAGGGGGACAUCCUGAGAGAAGUACAACAGCUCCAUCCGGCUGUUAGAGACUCCGCCGAGGUGACAUUUGCUGUUCAGGCUUUUGCUGCCUUGAACAGUAAUAAUUUCGUGAGAUUUUUCAAGCUGGUCCAGUCAGCGUCUUAUUUGAACGCUUGUCUUUUACAUUGCUACUUUAAUCAGAUCCGCAAGGAUGCUCUCCGGGCACUCAACAUCGCCUAUACUGUGAGCAAAAAACGAUCCACCCUCUUUCCCCUGGACCGUGUGGUGCGCUUGCUGCUCUUCAGAGAUUGCGAAGAGGCCACAGACUUCCUCAACUACCAUGGUCUCCCUGUUGCCGAUGGCUGUGUCAAGCUGAACCGGACCUCGUUCUUAGAACCAGAGGGGUUCUUGAAGGCCAGGAAGUCGGUGUUUAUUACCAGGAAGCUGAUGGUGUCUGUUGGGGAAAUUGUGAAUGGGGGGCCGUUGCCCCCUGUCCCUCGUCAUACCCCCAUGUGCAGCUUCAACUCCCAGAACAAGUACGUUGGGGAGAGCCUGGCCACGGAGCUGUCUGUGGGCCCUCAGAGACCCGGCUUGGAGGCAGCAGGUGGGGGGAGAGGAGAGGAAUGUGUUACUGAGGCGGACGCGUCCCCGCCUACCCUCCUCCCGCAGCCUCUUCCCAGCUUGGCUCCUGCACUGCCCUAUCUGCCGCACCACCCAGCAGCCACCCUGAGUGCGACACCUGGCCUCUUCCAACCCCCCAUGCUAACCCCUGUGCAGCCGGAGCUCCGUCCUGCAAAGCCUGAGCCUGUGCACUCUGAGGCAGACCUGGUGCAGUUGGUGGAGCUCUUCCAGAAGGUUCUCAACUGUGAGGAGGUUGGUGCCGCUGGGGCGGCCUUCGCAGCCACAGCUCGGGGUGUUUGCAGUGCUGCUGUGGAGUUGUUAACAGCCGCUACCACAGGCAUUUUGAGGCACAUGGCAGCCGAAGAAAUUACUAAGGAAAGGGAGUGAAAAGGGGAGGAGAGGCGGCAGGCUGAAGAGGAGAGGUUGAAACAAGAAAGAGAACUGGUGUGAACUCAGAUGAGUCAGGGCCUGGCUGCAGAGCUGGCAGAGCUGGUGGUGAUGGGGUGUGUGAGGGAAACCUGCUCCCAGGAGUGGAAGAGUGCAGUGGAGACAGACCAGAAGGUCCGCAUGGCCUGCUGCUGUGAGCAAGUCUGUGCCAACCUUAAGUCUUACAAGAUUCAAAAUUUAUUCCCAAAUGAAAAAAUGUGUGCCCUAGCCAGGUAG